CUGGUUUUGGCAUUCACGUUUCACUAGCAUUGUGCCCUUGAAGAGCUGAUGUGGCUGUAGAAACUCUCUUGCUUACAAUUGUUGGUUUUGAAAACAUUUUUGGUUUGGCUUUCUUGUGGUUGUUUGCUUAUAGCUCCUUUUGUCUUGAGAAGAUGGCCUUUCUAAUGAAAAGUAUGUUGAGCAACCAGGUAAAGAAUUUGGGACUUGGAGGUGGAGGGGAAGAAAACAAAGAAGAAAGCACUCCUUCUGAUCCAGCAGCAGCUGCAGGAAUGACCAGAGAGGAGUAUGAGGAAUAUCAAAAGCAAGUGGUUGAGGAGAAGAUGGAAAGAGAUGCAGCAUUUGCACAGAAAAAAGCAGAGCGAGCCUGUCUGAGGGUUCAUCUGAGAGAAAAGUACAGACUCCCUAAGAGCGAAUUGGAUGAGAAUCAAAUACAGAUGGCUGGAGAUGAUGUGGGUUUGCCAGAAGACCUUCAGAAGAUGGUGGCAGAAGAUCAGGUGGAGGAAGAAGACAAGGACUCUAUCCUGGGACAGCUGCAGAACAUCCAGAAUAUGGACAUGGAUGCGAUCAAAGAAAAGGCACAAGCCACCUUCACCGAAAUGAAACAGGCAGCUGAGCAGAAAUGUUCUGUGAUGUAGAACAGACACCACUAUCCAAGGGUUGUGAAUUCAGCCUUGUCUCACAGGGGCUGUAGAGUGAGGGCAGGCAGAGGAAUGCACUUAGCUCUAUAGCAUUAAAAGUAAAUAUAGAAAAGAGAGAGAGAGAGAGACUUUAAAACCCCGAGGGGGGGUGGUCUCAAAAUUUAUGUGCUGUGACUGUUUAGUGCAAAGUUAGAACUGAUCCUCAUUUUUUAACAUAACAUUUUUCCCCAUGGAAAAAAAAAAUGGCUGUAAACAAAAUAAUAUUGGGGAAAAAAUGUGCCUUUUUCCAUUUUCUCAAAGUGAUUAAAAUGCUAUUAAAUGUGUAUUUUUUAGCAAAAUUGUGCUUCUGAUGCAUUACAUAUAGGUAACCACUCAUUUAAUACUGCUUUCAGAAAUAAAUACAUAUAUUUCUAAUAAAAAAAUGUCUGUUUCAAACAUUUUGAAACAAAACCAGUAUUCAAAUGUUGACAUUUUCUGCAAAAACUUUAAAAAAAAAAAAGGUUUUGACCAUCUCUGUAUUAAAUAUAGCAAAAAGCAAAAAGUGAAGCAUAUAACUCUACAGCUUGGGACAAAAAUGUCAUCAUAUAUAGAACUGAGUGGAGACUUGUAGGAAACCAAGGCUUGGUAGCUAUCAACAAACCAUGGUCAGUCAGCAAUGCAGACUUCCCCAGGCUACUUUAAUUUCACAGCCUCUCCAUCUUCAAAUGCAGUUCAAACGUCAAGUGAGAGCAGUGGCCCUCUGCUUGGCUGCUACGUGUGCCAAAUUCUGGGGCUUGGGGUACCAGCAACUAACUUGUAUAGGCUAAAAGGCACUCACCACAUUUAUUCUAGGAGUUACCUCCAUACAAGACUAAACAUAAAUCUUGCCCACCUGGAAGAUUACGCCAGGGCAGGGCACCUAAACCCUGAGAAAAACCAUGGGUUUCACUAGUGCUAAAUCUGAGUCUGUGGGACAGGCAGGGUCUGGUUCAAUGGUUUUAGUUUCAGGACCAAGCAAGAUUUUCUUUGCUGUUAUUCAGAGUUUUUUUCUGAGGAAAACCUAAGUGGGUGCUGGCCUGAUUGCCUCCCACUCCACAACAAGCGGAGCUGAUGGUGGCUAACAGCUGGAGGAGCGCGGCCCCAUGCAGAGCAGCUGGCUGGUUGAGGGAUGGCUACCCGCAGCAGCCUGCAGUGCUGCCAGGACCGCCAGCCCAGGAGGCCCAAGCAGCCUGGGCAGGCAAUGAUGGGGCCAGCAGAGGUCAUCUCCACCAGCCCUGUGGAGCAGGGUCCUGUGGUUGAGGCAGAUGGGAGCAUCAGUCUGUCUCUGCACUUGCAUAGCCACAGCAGUUAUCAUGCAUGAUAACCCACACAAGAGCUGUACAGCCCUUGCACAAGGAUGAUGUACACAAUGCUACUCCUGAGGGGCUCAGACAUUCUAUAAAAUGACGGACUUUGUACAUUCUCCAAGAGCUAGCCUGUGAAUGAAAUUUCCAAAUGAAUAGAUGUAGCACCUUCCUACAGGUUUAUAAGUCUCUCUUUCUCUGUCUCUCUGUCUCCAGCCAAUCAAGUAAAAACAUUCAUUUUAAAUGAAUAAAUGCACUAAGUAUG